GUGGUGGAGAGAGGUCGUGUUAAACUGAAACUCUGUGUUGACGUGUUGUGCAUUGUGAUAGACAGACAGAUGAUGAAGUGUUGUUGUGUUAGGUAAACAGCAUUGUGUUAUGUAUAGUGGUAAAUAGAUAGAUGAUAAAGUGUUGUGUUAGACUGAUAGAUACUGUUGUGUUGUGAGAAUAGAUAAAAUGACAAAAUGUGUUGGAUAGAUAGUGUUGUGUUGUGAUAGAUAGAUAGAUAAGUAGUCUUGUGUUGUGGAGAGUUGGCUGUGUUGUGUUAGACUGAUAGAUGGAUAGACAGAUAGAUUAAAUUAGGUUACAUUGGUUUGGGUUAGGUUAAGUUAGAUUAGGCUAAGUGAGGUCAGACUAAGUGAGAUGGUUACAUUGUUAGCUUAAAUUAAGUUAGGUGAGGUUAGCAUAUUUCAGCUUAGGUUAGGUUAUGUCAAGUUAGGUUUGUUCAGGUGGGAUUACCUUAGGUUGGUAAGCAUAGGUCAGGUUAGGUGAGAGCAGGCUGCCUUAGGUUAGGUGAGAUGAGCUGAGCUUAGGUUAGGUUACAUCAGGGCAGGUUUGGUUAUGUCAGGUCAGGUUAGCUGAGGUUACAUCAGGUCAGCUCAGUUUAAGUUAGGCCAGCUUAAGUUAGGUCACAUCAGGUCAAGUUAGAUAAGGUCAGAUCAGGUCAGGUGAGGUCAUGCCCAUGUUCUCAGCGGGGUUUGGGAGGGACAAGGGCUGUUUCCCUCGCCCCAAGCACCCUUUCCACCUCCCCCACGCCCGCACCCCAGACGAGGACCGACACCCCAACCAGCCCAGCGCCAGGACAGUGGUGGAGGGAAAUGGCAAACUGGAUUUUGGAGAGUAUGAACUUGAGCUGUGGGACUUGAGGUACAACGGCAUGAUGGGGCGGGGAGAGCGUGGUGGUGGUGGUGGUAGUGCUGGCCGGCGUGGGACGGGGCUGUGGGAAUGGGUGCGGCCGUCCUGUGUCCCCAUCACUAUCAUUGUCACCCUUUCCCUCCUCAUUGUGGUGAUGGCACUGCUCGAUGACUCACUCUCCCGCCACCACAACAGCACAGCGAUAGGGAACCAGUGCAGAUUCGAAAUUGUGGAGAGCAUCCCAGAGAACCUGACAUUCCCACAAGGCAGUCCAGUCAAUCCCAGCACACACAGUGGCUGGGUUGGCCUCCUGGACUUAGCACAGCACUCAGUGGAUAUCGCAGCCUUCUACUGGACACUGCUGAACUCAGAUGUGUCUCCCAAACCCUUCCCAUCAGCCUCUCUCGGUGAAGAUGUGUUUGCAAGGCUUAAGGAAACUGGUCUGAAGGAAGGCAUGCAGGUGAGAAUCGCCCAGAACCAGCCUUCCCACAUCUCUCCUCAAAAGGACAGUGCCAUCCUCGCUGACCUCGGUGCUGCCAAGGUUCGCAGUCUAGACUUCCAGCGCCUCAUGUCAGGAGGGGUGCUGCAUACCAAGAUGUGGCUGGUGGAUGACACUCAUAUCUAUCUGGGAAGUGCCAAUAUGGACUGGCGCUCUCUCACUCAGGUGAAGGAGGUUGGAAUAAUCAUCUACAACUGUUCUUCUCUUGCUCUGGAUAUGAAGAAAAUAUUUGAGGUCUACUGGCAGUUAGGAGAGGAAGGGGCAGUUAUCCCUCCCUCCUGGCCGGCCCCUCUCCACACCAUUUACAAUUUGGGUCAUCAGUUGAAGCUUUCAUUGGAUGGGGUCCCUGUGUCCACCUACCUGUCUAGCUCCCCACCCCCAUUCUGCCCUGAGGGGAGGAGCAGCGAUGUGGACGCCAUCUUGGACGUGAUAAACAAGGCCAAAAAGUUUGUUUAUGUCGCAGUGAUGGAUUACUUCCCCAAGACUCUCUAUGAACACAAGACUAAAUUCUGGCCACUUAUCGACAAUGCACUGCGAAGGGCUGCAAUAGAGAGAAGAGUGAGAGUGCGACUGCUGGCCUCUCAUUGGUCACACUCCCGUCCUGACCUGCCUCUCUUCCUGCAUUCCCUUUCUGCUCUCACCACCAACUCCACCUCUGUCGAUAUUCAAACUAGGUUGUUCGUGGUGCCGGCUUACACCCCGGAGCAAAAGCAAGUCCCCUUCGGCCGAGUGAACCACAACAAGUACAUGGUGACAGAUCAGGUGGCUUACAUUGGCACAAGCAACUGGAGUGCAGACUACUUCAUAAACACAGGUGGCAUUGGUUUGGUGGUCAAUGAAACUGGCACUCAAACACAGGGCCAAGAGAGUGCUGACCAGGAGGAAGUGCCAGGAGACAGAGUGGGGACCAAGAGUGCCAGACAGCAACUCCAGGCACUGUUUGAAAGGGACUGGCACUCUCAAUAUGCCAAACCUCUGGAUGAUUUUAUUUGAGGUGGGUUAGGUUUGGUCUGGUUUGGUUACGUUGAAGGAGGAGGAGGAGUAGUAGUAGUAGUAGUAGUAGUAGUAGUAGUAGUAGUAGUAGUAGUAGCAGCAGUAGGUUUGAUUUGGUUAGGAGAGAAAGGAGGAGAGAAGAAGAAGAAGGAAAAGCAGUAGUAGUAAUAGUAGUAGUAGUAGUAGUAGGAGGAGGAGGAGGAGGAGGAGGAGGUAUUGUUUGGUUGGAGAAGAAGAAUUAUUAUUAGUAGUAGUUGGGUUAGGUAUGGCUUAAUUUUGUUGAGUUAGAUUGGGUUAGGUUAGGUUGAAAAUUUAUGGUAUUCUAUGUAUUUUCUUUAUUUUCUUCUUCCUCUUCUUUCUUUACCAUCAGUACCAGAUUUGUUUGUUUUCUCAGUGUGUUCAACUUUUAUUAUUAUUAUUAUUUUUAUUAUUAUUAUUAUUAUUAUUAUGCUUUCAUGUGAACUAUUAUUGUAUUUUAAGAGAUCUAAUGGAGGUCUUCAAGUGGUUCAGGGGACAUAACAAGGAUGAUGUAAGCAAAAUCCUCAGAGUCAGUAAUCAGGGUAGGACAAGAAAUAAUGGGUUAAAGCUUGAUAAAGUUAGAUUUUUUAAAAGACAGGAAGGAAUUGGUUCUCAAAUAGAGUGGUGGAUGAAUGGAAUGAACUCAGUAAUCAGGUUGUUAGUGUUGAGCCAAUAUGGAGCUUUAAAAGAUUAGACAAAUGAAUGGAUGGGGAUGACAGGUGGAAAUAGGCAGGCAUGCUUCAUACAGGGACUGCCAUGUCUAGGCCUGAUGGCUUCCUGCACCAACCCUUGUGUUCUUGUGUUUGAAUUUAGAUAUUGGUUUGAUAAUCACUUGCACACACUACAUAAGUUUAAUUAUUUACUAAUAACACUUGUGUGUAUAAUAAUUAUAUUUUUUUGUAAAGACUUUCCAUGGUUGUGUUAUGAUUAUGAUUAGGUUAGGUCUUUUUUUUUUUUUUUUUUUUUAACAUAACAGAUUCACUGGCAAAGGAAAACAAAAAGGGGAAAAAAAAUCCCACAGAAGUGCCAGUCCCAAAAGUGAUGUCAAAAGAACUAUAAAAAAUUACAGGAUAAAUGUCUUGAAAACUCCCUCUUGAAAGAGUUCAAAUCAUAGGAAGGAAGAGAUAUAGGAGCAGGCAGGGGGGUUCAGAGUUUACCAGAGAAAGAGAUGAAAGAUUAAGAAUACUGAUUAACUCUUGCAUCAGAGAGGUGGACAGAAUAGGGAUAAGAGAAAGAGGAAUGUCUUGUGCAGCGAGGCCACAGGUAUGCAGUUAGCAAGAUCAGAAGAGCAGUUGGCAUGAAAAUAGUGGUAGAAGAUAGCAAGAGAUGCAACAUUGUGACGAAAGGCUGAAGACAGCCAGUUAGAGAGGAGUGAUGAGACAAAAAGCUUUUGAUUCCACCCUAUCUAAAAGAGCAGUAUGAGUGGAACCCCCCUCCCCCAUACAUGUGAAGCAUACUCUAUAUAUGAAGAGAUAAGGGCCCUGUACAGAGUCAGCAGCUGGGGGGUGAGAAAAACUGGCAGAGACAACUCACAAUGUCAAACUUCAUAAAAGCUAUUUUAGCUAGAGAUGAGAAGUGAAGUUUCCAGUUUAGAUCACAAGUAAAGGACAGGCUAAGGAUGUUCAUUGAUGAAGAGGGGAUAGUUGUCUGGAAGGUUGUGUCAAUUUGAUAGAUGGAGGAAUUGAGUUUUCGAGGCAUUGAACAAUAAUAAGUUUGCUCUGCCCCAAUCAGAAAUUUUAGAGAGAUCAGAAGUCAUGUGUUUUGUGGCUUCCCUGCAUGAAAUGUUUACUUCAUGAAGGGUUGGAAAUCUAUGAAAAGGCAUUAGGUUAGGUUAGGUCACGUUAUGUAAUUAGAUCUGGUCAAAUUAGAUUAGGUGAGGUCAGAUUAUGUUAGAUUAGGUCAGGUUAUGUUGGGUUAGGAAGAUAGUGUGUGUGUAAGAGGAAGGAAAGGUUUAAUGAAGGAAGUAUAUUGAAGUGUUAGGAAGAGAACAGAAGUAAUGUUAUGAAUGUAAGAGUUGAAGACUUAUUGAAGUGUGGAGGUUGCCAUGAAAACAAAGUUGAAGAAGAGUAGAAUGCCCGUUAGGUUAGAUUAGGUAAGAGUUUCUAAGCAUUUGGGAAAAAAAAGUUGAGGAAUGUAUUUAACUGUACAAAUAGAGGCCUUCAGUAUAUUACAUAAGAAUUGAGCCAGAUAUCAAGAAAUAUGUGUAUUGUCUUCAUACAGAAAAUAAAGAUAAAUGUAAUAA